GAAUUCUCCAUUCUGUAUCAGGUUGCCAGAGCCUCCGGCUGCCGCCAUGAAACUGACUCAGGGGUCUUUCCUGUGGUACCUUUACAUGGACAAAAUUUAUUGCUUACUGUCUUUGAGAAACGUGAAAGCCUUGAUGGAGUACUUUCAUCUUCUGGAUGUGCACCACAGGAACACCUUGAAUGAUGUGCUGUUCUUUCAUUUCCUCCACCACGUGACUAACCUGAAGAAGACACAGAUCAGGAUGAUAUUUGAGCUCCUGGACUGGACAGCUGUAGGAGAGAUUGGUUUUGACCAGUUCUAUGUGUUGGUUUGCAUACUGCUGGCACAUCAGAACCAUCUGGAAGACCACUUUAUGUACCGCCAUUCCCGGCCAGUCUUUGAGCUGCUUGAUCUGGAUGGGGAGCAGAAUAUAGGUGCGACCAAUUUUGAAAACUACAGAUUUCUCUUCAAUAUUAAAAAGCAGGAACUCCGAGACCUUUUCCAUGACUUUGACAUCACAGGUGACCGACUGCUUAAUUACAAGGAAUUUAAGCUGUAUACAAUCUUCUGCACAGACAAAUCCAUAGACAGAAAGAAAAGGAGGAAAGACAGAGAGGCAGCGAGAGAGAAAGAGAAAGAGAAAGGGAAAGAUAAAGAGAAGUACCUUCACCUCAAGAAGAUAUAUUCAUCUAUGGUAAGCCACAGGAGUCUCCUGUGACACAGAAGUGAGCAUGAAUAAUUAAAAUGACCAUGGCCACAAU